ACUAGGUUUCCGGAGAGGAGCGGUUGCGCGCUUUACACACUCCCGCGGAUCUUCUGGACGGACAGGACACAUCCCAUACAGCUGCUCCACCCAACACGGAUAUACUCCUUCAGUGUGUGUGUGUGUGUGUGUGUAGUAAGUUUGUUUUGAGCCAGCAUGCAGCAGAGUUGCACUCCAACUUUCCCGCAGCGCACCUGAGUUCCGAGUCCGGCACGCGUGUAACUCCACACCGGUGUAUAUUAUCAGAAAUGCCCCAACGAUGGCGGUAGCGUCCGACAUGCGGGUGCACAAGAGUGGCUUCGUGGAGGUUCUGGUCCGGGAGCGAUGGCACCGGGUGCUGGCAGAGCUGACCGACGAGUCUCUGUCUCUGAGCUGCGAGGACUCGGCUAGAAUAAGCGCGGAGGUGAACGGCGUUCCCAACGGCACCCGGGACAGUCCGGAGAGUCCUGAGACCGGCGCCCGGACUGCGCCCGACUCCCCCGAGCGCGUCCCCGAGACCAUCGCCAACAGAAAGCGCUGCGUGCGGGUCGUGAAGCAGGACGUGGGCGGCCUGGGCAUCAGCAUCAAAGGGGGCAAGGAGAAUAAAAUGCCCAUACUCAUCAGUAAGAUCUUUAAGGGACUCGCUGCUGAUCAGACACAAGCGCUGUAUGUAGGAGAUGCCAUCCUGUCUGUGAACGGAGUCAAUCUACGCGAUGCCACACACGAUGAAGCUGUACAGGCGUUAAAAAGAGCCGGCCGAGUGGUCACACUGGAAGUGAAGUACAUGAGAGAAGCCACUCCGUAUGUGAAAAAGACCUCCCCAGUGGCCGAGAUCGGAUGGGAGACGCCUCCACCGGAAUCUCCUCGGCUCGGCAGCCCCCACUGUGAACUACCCAGCCCUCCGUUACUGUCACUGCAGGGAGACUGCAGAUACAUUCCACUCCAAAUGUGCCAUGUCACCCGCGCUAUGACCACACCUGAUCCUGAAAACAGACAGUUGGAGCUGCACUCUCCUAAUGCGAAGCACACAGUGGUGCUGCGCUGCUCAGACUCAGCCUCAGCUCACGCCUGGUUCGAGUCCAUGCAGUCCGUUACCAAUAAACUCAUGAGCAAGGUCAUCACUGAGCUCCGUGAUUACGCGGCUAAGAACGGCAUCGGCGCUGCUCACGAGAUACGCCACCUCGGCUGGCUAGCAGAGAAGACCGAGAGCGAGAGGCCUCAGUGGAAGCCAGUGUUGGUUGUGGUGACAGAGAAAGACCUGUUGCUGUAUGACAGCAUGACACGUAUAAAGGAGAACUGGCUCAACCCUGCACACACAUACCCUCUACUUUCCACACGGUUGGUGCACUCUGGUCCUGACCGAGGUUCACCUAAACCAGGUGGGGAAUUAUCAUUCGCUACACGGACCGGCACGAGACUGGGCAUCGAGACGCACGUUUUCCGAGCUGAGACCUGUAAAGACCUGUCCAUGUGGACCAGGCACAUCGUCACCGGCUGCCACGCAGCGGCUGAGAUGAUCAAAGAAGUGACUACCAGCUGCAUGUAUAAAGGUCAGGACUGCAGACUCGUCAUUCACUAUGAGCUGGGCUUUUCGGUCCUGCCUGAAGGAGAAGCUGCUCCCACCCAGCCUCUGUUCUGCUACCCUUUUGAGAAACUACGAAUGUCAUCAGAUGAUGGGGUGCGAAUGCUGUAUUUGGAUUUCGGAAGCAAAGAGGGUGAAAUUCAACUGGACCUGCACUCCUGUCCUAAACCCAUUGUGUUUAUUCUCCACUCCUUCCUUUCUGCAAAGAUCACCAGACUGGGAUUAGUGGCCUAAAACGACCUGCAGAAACACUGAAUGAAACUCAAACAAGAACUCGAACAGUUCCAAACGGAACAGUUUUUUAAUAUUUUGAGCCAGAACUGAAUGGAACUAAAUGGAUAAAACAGAAGACUGAAAUGGUGAUUCUGUGAUUCAGCUUCAGUUUUAACAGCGAUCUAAUCAAUCUAUGUUACAGUAAAACAAUCAAUUCUAAAUACAAUGAUUAUAUACCAGACAAAAAGAUCAAACCCUGAGGAAACACUAACUCAUGAUCGAGCCUGUAAGACACUAAAGUUCUUUCUACUCAGCAGAAUUAAGCACUUAACAUUAAUCGAAUGGAAACUGAGAAAAUAGAUCUGAUUUAAAACUUUUGGCAGCUAUCAUAGGUUAGAAAGAGAAUCCUUUUUUUCGAGGCUGUAAUUUCACAUAAAAUUUUACACUGAGGAAAUGUCUCCGUCUGCUUUGAUUUAGGAGCUUUAGGCCUCCGGAGAGUCUAGAGGCGUCAACGAGAACAGCAACGUGUCACCAGUCUGUCAUGUGUACUGAGGACAUUCUGUUCAAGAUAAAAAAUCAGUACAGAGCUGCACAUCACAUCCAGCUGCUGAACACUGGUGAAACAAUGAAAAAUUACCUUCAACCACAAAUUACACUCACAGGCUUUUAUCAAAAUGAGUAAAUGAUUUAUAAACCAACAUGAGGCCGGUCUGUACAGGGCUGCAUUUACAUUACAGGAGAAUUUAUUUAUUAUUUAUUAGGGUUUUAACAUCAUGCUUAACACACUUUGUUUACAUUCAUGACAGAACAGAUAGUUACAGGUUACACAAGAUUCAUCAGUUCAAGUUUUAAUUUCAUACACAGUCAUGGACAAUAUUGUGUCUCCAAUUUACCUCACUUGCAUGUCUUUGGACUGUGGGAGGAAACCGGAGCUCCCGGAGGAAACCCACACAGACACUGGUAAAACAUGCAAACUCCACACAGAAAGAACCCAGACCGCUUCCACCUGGGAAUCGAACCCAGGACCUUCUUGCUGUGAGGUGACAGUACUAUCCACCUAGCCACCCCACACUACAAGAAAAAGAUGUCCAAAUGUGUUGUUGUUCCAUACAAGCUACACAGCGGUUUUUUUUUUUUGUGACAGUGGGCUAUAAUAUAAAUUCAAAAUGUAAUAAAAGGCAAUAUUAUAUA